GGCAGUACUGAAGGUGACGGCGCUUUGCCCAUGCCAGGGUUGCAGCGAUAGGGUUCGCAGGGCGGUGUUGAAGACAAAAGGGGUUAAAGACGUGGGUAUAGAUAGAGAGAAGGGGAUGGUGAUGGUGAAGGGAACGAUGGAUGUAACAGCUUUGGCAAAGAAGUUGAAGGAGAAGUUUAAGAGGAAUGUUGAGGUGGUACCUCCCAAGAAGGAGAAAGAGAAGGGGAAGGAAAAGGAAAGCGAUGAGAAAGGGGAGAAUGGCUCUGCCAAGAAGAAGAAAAAGGGUGACAAUGGCCAUGGCGGCGGCAAAGGAAACACUGAUAAGGAUAAUGAGAGUGGUGGUGAUAAUUGCCAGGGGAAAAUGGACCAGAACAUUGUCAGCUAUAUGGUACCUGCAUAUGGUUAUGGUUAUGGUUAUGGUGAAUACUCUAAUAACUACAUGGGGCAAUAUCAUCCUGUGUCGCAGAUGUUCAGCGACGAAAAUCCCUAUGCUUGUCACAUUAUGUGAGGCUUUGAGUUUAUGAUGAUUUGACGAUACUCGGCAAUAGAGGAUUUGAU